UCCUGUAGGGGAGGAGAAUAUCCCACAAGUAAGGAUGAAUCCGUGGACUCGAUACAUCACAAGAGAAAUAAAUUUAUCAGGUAAGCAUAAAUUAUGUUUUAUCCAGCCUUCUCCUCUCUAUGACUGCAGGUGUUUAAAAGAGAACCUACAGUCAGUAUUUAUCCAGCCUUCUCCUUUCUAUGACUGCAGGUAAUCACAAGAGAACCUACAGUCAGUUUUUAUUCAGCCUUCUCCUCCCUAUGACUGCAGGUGCUCACAAGAGAACCUACAGUCAGUAUUACCCAGACUUCUCCUCCCUAUGACUGCAGGUGCUCACAAGAGAACCUACAGUCAGUAUUUACCUAUACUUCACCUCCCUGUGACUGCAGGUGCUCACAAGAGACCCUACAGUCAGUAUUUAUCCAGCCUUCUCCUCCAUAUGACUGCAGGUGCUAACAAGAGAACCUACAGUCAGUAUUUAUCCAGCCUUCUCCUCCCGAUGACUGCAGGUGCUCACAAGAGAACAUACAGUCAGUAUUUAUCCAGCCUUCUCCUCCCUAUGACUGCAGGUGCUCACAAAAGAACAUACAGUCAAUAUUUACCUAUACUUCACCUCCCUGUGACUGCAGGUGCUAACAAGAUAACCUACAGUCAGUAUUUAUCCAGCCUUCUCCUCCAUAUGACUGCAGGUGAUCACAAGAGAAACUACAGUCAGUAUUUAUCCAGCCUUCUCCUCCAUAUGACUGCAGGUGCUCACAAGAGAACCUACAGUCAGUAUUUACCCAGACGUCUCCUCCCUGUGACUGCAGUUGCUCACAAGAGAACCUACAGUCAAUAUUUAUCCAGCCUUUUGCUCCAUAUGACUGCAGGUGCUAACAAGAGAACCUACAGUCAGUAUUUAUCCAGCCUUCUCCUCCAUAUGACUGCAGGUGCUAACAAGGGAACCUAAAGUCAGUAUUUAUCCAGCCUUCUCCUCCAUAUGACUGCAGAUGCUCACAAGAGAACCUACAGUCAGUAUUUAUCCAACCUUCUCCUCCCUAGGACUGCAGGUGAUCACAAGAGAACCUACAGUCAGUAUUUAUCCAGCCUUCUCCUCCCUAUGACUGCAGGUGCUAACAAGAGUACCUGCAGUCAGUAUUUAUACAGCCUUUUCCUUCCUAUGACUGUAGGUACUCACAAGAGAACCUGCAAUCCGUAUUUAUCAAUCAGCGAUCAUCGGAAGAAACCUGCAGUCCGUACUUGUCAAGCAGAGGUCAUCAGACAGAACCUGCAGUCCGUACUUGUCAAGCAGAGGUCGUCAGACAGGAGAACCUGCAGUCUGUACUUGUCAAGCAGAGGUCGUCAGACAGGAGAACCUGCAGUCCGUACUUGUCAAGCAGAGGUCGUCAGACAGGAGAACCUGCAGUCCGUACUUGUCAAGCAGAGGUCGUCAGACAGGAGAACCUGCAGUCUGUACUUGUCAAACAGAGGUCAUCAGAUCGCUGCUUUCCUAACCUUUUCUCCACCUCUAAGGUGGUGAAUUUCAAUCUCCCUGGUCUUGUCCGACUAGGGAGAUUGACAGCUCCUCCCCGUGUGUGAUUGGCUGUGCACAGGCAGGGGGCGGUGUUGCACAAGAGUGCAUAUGUACGCUCCUGUCCACCGCAGCAUGAUAAAUCGACCCCAUAGGGCCAGAUUACAAGUGGAGCGCUAAAUAUAGUUUUGAUUGAAGCGAUAUUUGCACUCCACUGUGUAAUACCAGCACACGAUCAUGUGCGCUGGUAUUACAUGUUUUCAGCAAUGCGAAUGUGAUCUCACGCUCGCAAUGCUGGGAAGCAUUGCGCUUAUGAGAGCGCUCUUCCAUAGGCUCCUUUGAGAGAUGGCAUCAGAACUUCAGCGCCAGCGAAGGGGGUAAGUUGUGCAGCGAUGGCAGCAAAUAUAAAUAUAUAUGUAUAUACACAUAUUAACACAUACAUACAUACACACACAUAUAUAUAGUUCAUCAAAGGAAGAAGUAUGAGAUCCACGCCAGGGUAAAAUAAAACUUGACUUUUAUUCAUAUGUUUAAAACAAUUACAACAAUGGAGGAAUCGGCAGGUUUGCAGAGUAGACGCAGCACUAGGCUUACGCGUUUCGGCUGUUAAGCCGUAGUCAUAGCCUAUAGUGCUGUGUUUGCUACUGCUAUUUAAAAUAAAGACACAGUAAUCCUAUUGGCUCUAAGUUAAUUGAUGAUUAAAAACACACAAAUACGCUACUCUUGCUAAAUGCCAGCAAGAAUGAAUAUAUAGAAACACAUUUUGUAAUUGCAUAGUUACUUAAAGCAAUAUAUUGAUCAUUGAAACUAACUUGUGAUUAAGAAAAGGUUAUUUAUUUUCUAUUAGCAAUGUUGUUAUAAGAAAAUUGUUGUGUUAAUUUAUGUUAUGUGUCAAGUACCCCAUUUGUGGUGUAAUGAAAAAAUGCAGAUUACAGAUGCACUCAGCAGCAAGUGGAAUGGGGUUCAAACCUCUUCUCUUAAUGUUUGCUGUGUAGAAUAAGCUAUAGAUUUCUAUUUUUGUAUUUCGCUUUUAUUUAUUUAUGUAUAAAGCCAUCUGACCUUACUCCCUGUCAUGUCAAUGCAUUUGCUGUAUGUUGAUCUCCAGUUUUCUUCCCCUAAGGGUGAAUUAACUAUAUCCUGAAGAACAAAAAGACAUGUUGCACCUUUAAUCAAUGUCAACAAUUUAAUACCCACAUUAGUGUGUUUUGAACCCAUAUGUGGGUAUACACAUAUACCUUGAGUGACCUGGUUUUUAAUUCCCCUAACUUUAAAUGUGGAUAAAUUGUGCUGUUGUCCUAUUGUGUACCUCUUGUAAUAUUAUCCUUACUAUUAUGGCUGGGCAUACAAACAGAAUUGAACAGGAUGGGAUUGUGGUAUAUGUGCAGAUCCAUCUCACACAUUGGAUUUAUUCCCAAUAAUUUAUUAAAUCGAAUCUGGAAUUUAAUCCUUUGGGAACUCUAGUGUCUAAUUUGAAAAUCCAAAAGAUUUCUCUUUUGGCUAAAAGUUGCUCGAGGUCACCGCCCCGCUUGGGCAAUACCACCUUUUCAAUGGCACACCACCUGAAGGUGCCUAGUGAGCUUUUAUGUUUUUGGGCAAAGUGUUGCACAAGCAGAGUGGUUGCCUUACCUUGACUUAUUGUGGAUAGAUGUAACCUAAUUCGAGUAUUGACAUCCCUUGACGUGAGACCCACGUACUGUUUCCUGCAAGCUGUACAAGUUAUCAGAUAUAUGACAUGAGUGGUUCUGCAAUUUAAACAGGCACGUAUAUCAUAUUUGAUAUCAUGUGCCACAGACUCAAACUCCUUGGUGACCUGUACAAACUCGCAGGGACGACAGUGGUGGCUCCCACAUCUGUACAUGCCUACAUGUGUUAGCCAUGAACUGUUCGUAUUGGAUGAUUUCCUUAAUUGAGUGGGUGCUAGUAUGGACCCUAGAGUCUUGCUCUUUUUGUAUGAGCAUCUGAUUCCUGUUUUAACUACUUGUUGUAGUUGGUCGUCUGCCGCAAGGAUUGAAAAAUUCUUUCUCACUAUUUUGCAUAUGUCAAUAUUGAGAACUGUAUUCAGUUACAAAAUUAACUCUGUCACAAGUAAAGCCUUUCUUCUCUGUUCUGUUGUAUUUAAGUAGUUCUGAUCUCGAAAUACCUUCUACUACUGCCUCUGCUUUCUCCAAAUCCCUUUGUGGGUAUUUCCUUUUUCUCAAAUUUUGUUUAAGAUCAUUGGCCUUGUUUGUGAAAUCUGAGGGGUCAGAGCAAUUGCGCUUCAGCCUAAUUAGUUGGCCAUUUGCUAUUGCGAAUCUUAUCUGCUUUGGAUGGCAGCUCUGGCCAUGGAGUAUAGUAUUGCCUGUUAUGGGUUUUUGAUACACACAUGUGGACACUUUUUGUCCCAAGGUACCUCUGAGCGAUAAAUCCAAGAAAUGUGUUUCCACAGGAUUGAUUUCAUGAGUGAAUCUCAAACCCAUAUCAUUGUUGUUUAUGUAAGUCAUAAACAAUUCAAUGCUUUCCUCUGACCCCUUCCAGACCAACAACCGGUCAUCUAUAUACCUGUAAUAAAGUUGUAUGUUGUGUUUGUGAGGGUUGCUAUCUCCAUAGAUGCGGCACAGCUCCCACCAGCCUAGAUAUAAAUUGGCGUAGGAUGGGGCAAAUUUCGCUCCCAUAGCUGUGCCGCACCUCUGGAGAUAGCAAUCCCCCUCAAAUUGAAAAAAAUUGUGAGUCAGGAGGAAGGCCUGAAAAUCAGUACUGUAGUUGGAAUAGUUAUGCAGAAAGAAUUGUAUUGCUUCCAGUCCUUUGUUGUGGGGAAUGGAAGAAUACAGUGCGGCAACAUCCACCGUGAGCCACAUAUAACCACUUGCCCACUCAAACUGUUCUACAAUGUUGAUGACAUGUUUAGUGUCCUUCAGAUGGGAUGCCAAUUGUAUCACCAGAGGCUGCAGGAUCGAAUCAGUCCAUUGUGACAGGUGUUCCAAAAGUGAGCCAAUGCCACUCACUAUUGGCCUUCCCUGUACAUUGGUGACAGAUUUGUGAACUUUGGGAAGAUGGUGGAAACAGGGGAUCCGUGGAUGUGAUACAUAAAGAUAUGCCACUGUCUGGUCAUCCAGAAACCCCUGUUCCCUACCAUCGUCCAAGAUAUUCUUAAGUUCUAACUGGUAAGCUCGUGUAGGAUCUUUGUCCAAUUUGACAUAAUCAUGUGGAUUAUGUAAUUGGCGGUGGGCCUCAACUACAUAAUCGACCCUAUUCAUCACAACCAUCGCACCGCCUUUAUCUGCGGUGCGUAUGACCAAGUUAUUGUUGUUCUCUAGGUCAUUCAGUGCUUUUCUUUGAUUAAAAGACAGGUUGUGUUUGAUGUCAGUGCAUGUAGUGGCCAGAUUAAUCAAAUCUGUUUCAACCCUUUGUUGGAAGGUUUCCAAAAUAGUUCCUCUAUUUUGAAUUGGGUAAAAUGUUGAAUUGUUUUUAAAACUCGAUGCCCUGCUGAUAGUGUUAGAGUGAGUUCUGGACUCAUUCUCCAAGGAGUGUAGGGCCACCACAUCACAGAGUUCAUUAAAAUCAUGGAGAGUAUCUUUCUCUUGAUUCUGUGAGGUUGCUCCUUCCACACUGUUUGGAGUCAUGUCUGUCGUACCAAAAUGUUUUUUCAAAGUUAAAUUCCUAAUAAGGCGAUUCACAUCCAACAAAGUUUGGAACAGAUUAAAAUUACUCGUAGGUAAAAAACCCAGUCCUAAAGACAACACUUGUACUUGUUCAUUAGAAAGUGUAUUGGAAGAAAGAUUUAACACAUUAUGAAUCAUUUGUACUUGGUUUGCGGGCGAUUGCCCCUCAGUUGGUAUCUCCCUGACCCUUCCCCUUGCGUCUGCUGGGUUCCCCCCAUAUGACCUGAGGGAAUACCUGUUAAAGAUCAGGGUUUACGGUCCCUUGAGCAUUUGUAGUUUGCAUGGAAUCCUGUACAUGUGAUAUACUAUGUGUCUGCAUAGGUUCAUAGUGAGUUACAUGUUGCAAUUGUUUAUUUUCUUUCUGUCUAACAGAUGACCCACCUAAUGGCCUUGCCAUAGGACCUGCCAUAUGACCUGUGUGUGUAACAGAAGUAAUAGCCAAAUUAUGGGGUGCAGAAGGGACUCCAAUAUUGGAGGCAAUCGCAGGUGCAGUGCACUCUGUUAAUCCUUCUUCAGAGUAAUAUUCUGAGUCACUUCCUGAGAAUGUGACAUUUUUUUGUUGUUUAUUACCUCUGCGUCUGCGAUUGCCUCGUUUUUUAUGAGGAAACGGAGUACGUCUAAAUUCUCCCCUCUUCUUUCUGUUCCAAAUGUAUACUGUGUCUGUCUGAUAGUCUGAUCUAUCCCUUAGAAACUUAGAGUGCUUAUUCUCCAUUACAACACUUUUACCCCUAGCCACAAUGCCUCUGAGUAUGGUGUCAAAUUUCCCAAACUGUGGAUCAUUUAUACGUUUAUCUAUCUCAGUUUGUAACUCUGAGAUUUCAUUUUUAUCCCAAUUAACUGUCUUGAUUUAAGAUCUUUUAACCAAUUCAUCAAUUUCAUUGAACAAUUAGUUAGAGUCAAAUUCCAGUCCUUAAUAAAAUCUUUUUCAUUUAAAUCCACAUCAAAUGUUGGGAAUUUAAAAAGUCUCAAUCCUCUAGGAAUCAUUCCCAAUUCAAGGUAUUUAUAUACGUGUGUAUAUAUUAACACAUACAUAUAUAAGCAUAUAGAUAGAUAUAUACAGGGAACACACAGUUCACAUUGACUGCAAUGUAACAGCAUUUUUUUUCUUCUAACACCCCACUCCCACCAACUUUAGCCCCAAAAUACUGCUUAGUGCAAUUGUUUUAUUAAAAAAUAAAGAUGCUGCCAUCUUUAUUUUUUAAUAAACUACACUAGACCGUAUUUUAGGGCACAUUUAUAAAAUGUAUCAGAUAUCUGAAGUCUGGUUAAUUUUAUAAGCCCUAAUUGCUACAGCAAGCUCGAAGUAGCAAUAACCAGCCACUUGUAAUUGUUGAUUAAUUAUUGUGCGCCCACAAACAGGCACAUUUGCCCAUUUGCAGGAGCGCAAUAAUUUAUUGCUCCACUUGUAAUCUUGCCUAUAAUUUUUAUGUCACAUCAUUUUAUUAUUGUCUUCAAAAAUAGAUCACUACACUUGGAAGAGGGAUAUUAGCUCCCAAAUAGCUAACCAGAUAUAUGUAGUCAUUAACUUGAAUGGUUUCGUUGUCAGUGAAGUUUGUGUGACAUAGACCCAAAUCUGUAAGUUUAUGUAACAUUUAUACUCUCUAGUUCUAGGUCAUUGUUACUGUGAGUGACAAGUGAGUACCUGUUAGUUUCACACACAUCCCUAAAAGACCACAACCAGUUCCUGAAGUAUUAAGCUUAUUCACAUGUGACCAACAAGAAGACGUCUGAGAACAACCAAACCACAGAGAUCUACAUACUGACUGGUGAGGAACAAAUGGAGUUUGAUGAAGUUGCAGUUUAUUUCUCGGAGGAGGAGUGGGGCUGUUUAACUGAAGAACAAAAAGAGCUUUAUAAGGAUGUGAUGAUGGAGAAUUACCAGACCCUCAGGUCUCUAGGAUAUGUCCCUGAGAAACCUUUACUUGUUACACAGAUUGAGCAUAGAGAGGAGCCGUACGUGAGCAGUUUUCCAAUUUCCCAAGAUGAAUUUAUAAACUACAGUUAUCAAAGUCCUAGUCGUGGUCAACAUUCAGAUACUUCUGUUAAUCUUCUUCAAAAUCAAAAAAGAUACGUUGGAAAUUUAUGUGCUGAAUGUGGGAAAUGUUUUACCAGGAAAUCGAAUCUUAUUAGACAUCUGAAAACUCAUACAGGAGAGAGAGGAUUUUCAUGUUUUGACUGUGGGAAAUGUUUUAUCCUGGAAUCAAGUCUCAUUACUCAUCAGAAAAUUCAUACAGGAGAGAGAGGAUUUCCAUGUUCUGACUGUGGAAAAUGUUUUACUCUAAAAUCAUAUCUUGUUAAGCAUCAGAGAAUUCAUACAGGAGACAGAGAGUUUCCAUGUUCUGAAUGUGGGAAACGUUUUACUGAGAAAGCAAUUCUUAUUAGGCAUCAGAAAAUUCAUACAGCAGAGAGAGGAUUUUCAUGUUCUGAAUGUGGGAAAUGUUUUACACUAAGAUCAUAUCUUGUUAAGCAUCAGAAAAUUCAUACAGCAGAGAAAGCUUUUUCAUGUUCCGACUGUGGGAAAUGUUUUACUGAGAAAGCAAUUCUAAUUAGUCAUCAGAAAAUUCCUACAGGGGAGAAAGCAUUUUCAUGUUCUGAAUGUAAAAACUAUUUUACACAGAAACCAGCUCUUUAUAAUCAUCACAAAAUUCAUACAGGGGAGAAAGUGUUGGAGGAUACCAAGGAGGAUGAGCUAUGGCUACAGAACAUAAUGACAGAAUUGGCCGUAAUGGUUUAAAUGGCAGCCCAGCCUUAUAUGAUAUACUACACCAUUAUGCUGAUAAGAUCUGAUUAUUAAUGUAUAAAUCUUCUGUAUAUUAUUACAUUAAUGCCCUGGGAACCACCAGGAUCUUUCACAUAUUUGUUGUAUCGUCUCUCCUAAAUAUCUCAUGUUCCCAUUGGCCUAUUUAGAUAAUGAACAUUACUGUUGUGAAGGGCAAACAGAUCCUAAUUUCAUUUCCACAAUCCAUUUACAUCUAUCAAAGCUGUAUGAUACCUAAUAUGGAUUUAUAGUCUUAUUGUCUAUACUGUAUGUCACAUUGUAACUGUCAUAUUGGUUUCUCAACAUAAAUUUAUUGUCAUAAAAUCUAUAA